UUCUUUCCGUUUUCGCCAGGGACUGGUAUUCCCCGGCAGAAGCCUUCCUAUCUCUUGUAUCCUUUCCCCCCGUCCUCAACCCCCCUUCCACCUUCGUCCUUCCCUGGUAUCCUCUCAAAAUUUCCUCUCCUCUUUUCCCCCGUUCUUGAAGGUGAAGCAGAAUGUUGACCGUUCGCUCGCCCGUUCUUUUCUUCCUGCUGCUUGUCUCGAGCGCCUUAACCGGCGUUCAAGCGGCGCCUCAGAGGAAUAGGGGUGGUGGCGGCGGUGGUCGCGGCGGAAAUGGCGGCGCUGUUGCCCAAACCCCUCAACAGCAGGCAGCGCAGAUCCCGCAAGGCAUCUCGCAGGCUAGUGAUGGCUCAACCAUCCUAGACACCACGGCGACGGUGAACGGUCUCGAGCUUCGCUUCAAGAUAAGCGGCCCCGCCGACCAAUUCACCACCCGCUCCGGCGUCCCCGGCGCGACCCAACGGACCGGGGCGCAGGGCACUCUCGGGCUCAACGUCCUCCUGCACGGCGACGGCGGGCAGAGCUUCUUCGACUUCCCCAACCAGGCGGUCCAGGGCGGCCUGAUGGGCGUGGUGAUCCUCGCGCCCUCGGAGCAGCUCCUCUGGGGCCAGUCGGCGGGCCCGCCCAGCGGUCUGUCGCGCAUCGACGGCGCCGCCCACGCCCAGGCCGUCAAUGACCUGAUCCAGACCGUGCUCCCGCGCGUCGCCGCCUUCAACGCCUCCGACGUCUUCUUCACCGGCGUCUCGGGCGGCUCCCUGACCCUCAGCGGCUUCUUCGUGCCCGCGCACAUGGCCAACUUCGCCGGCACGGGCGUCCUGCUCAUGUGCGGCGCCCUGGAGCCCCAGGUCCCCGUCGUGGGGGGCGCCUCCUUCCUGGGCAACACGAGGAUCCACUUCCAGAGCACCCUGCGCGAGCUCGACUCGCUCCGCCAGGCCAUCCCCGACGCCAUCGUCGCGUACGAGCGCCUCGGCGCCACGGCGGCCGGGCUCGGCGCCGCGGGCCUCGGGGCCCUGCAGACCGUCGACAACACCCCCGACGGCGGGCACUGCGAGUUCGACGGGCUGGGGUUCUCGAGCGGCAUCCAAAUCGUCGCCGACGCGUUCGCGAGCAUCAUGCAGGGCGGCGACGGGGCUGUUCAGGGGAUCGACGCCCGGACGGUGCUGAAGUCCGUGGUGGGGAAUGAGGACCUGAUCUUCGCGGCGGGGCAGAAGCGGGAUGCGGAGAGGAUACCUAUAUAGGUAGGUGGAUGGGUUGGAUGGAUGAGGGUGUUCAGAGAGGUAGAUGGCCGUUGCCGUGUCGAGGAAAGUAGCCAUGAUGGAGGCAGUUAAUCCUCUCUCUGUAAGCACAAGCAGAGACAAGGGGCUCUCAUAGAUGCGAUGCCAUACAAACUACGUAUUGCUAAGUAUGUAUGCAAACACUCAAACAACCUAACAACUGUUGCAAAUGCAGCCACUGUCCAUCCCGGAUCAAAUGAUGGCAGGAAAGCCCUUGACCAUUACCCGUCCGGUCAUAAUGCACCGCUUUGCACGCUUCACCACCGCGCCUCAAGAGAGGCUCCAUAUGUAUGCUCCCCUCCCCGUCUGUGCUCAUCUCCAGCAAGUUUCAGUUCCAUGCCACGGUAAAGAUCAUUCUUCCUCGUCCUAACCCGCUGCCUGCGGGCCACUGGCCUUGCCUU